UGCAACUUAAUUUCAGUAUUCAUGUAGACCUUUGCAAAUCCCAUGUAACCUGUGUCCUAAUUAAACCGUUAAUGUUUGAAAAACCAAACUAAGCUCUGUUGUUUUAGAAUUUGAUUUACAUGUAUUCUAAAAAUAUCACAUUUGCACAUUCACAAGGUAAGCGCCUAUUCUACUAUAUAUAUAAUUUACUUAUUCUUAUCACGACACAUUUUUCGUGCUUAAAUGUGUAGCUUACAUAAAAAAGGCGAUUACAUAGAAACGCAAAAGGAAACGAAACAGGACAUGAAACAUCUCAAAAAAAUUGAAUUUUGAAUUUAAACAACUAAUGUGCAUUAGUAUUGAAUUUAGAUAAAAGAUGCUUCUAGCUAUAGACUUAAAAUGUCUUUAAUUUUAAUCCAUAGUCAAUCUAUUCCCAUUACAACAAUUGCUUGUUUAAAAAGUAAAGAAACAUUGAAAGGUCUGUAUCAGAAUAAUUCUCAUAAUUUAGUUUUAUGUUCUAAAUAAGCCUUUAAACAUGUGUUUUAUGCCUAUCUACAUUAUAUUUCCUCUUUAUUUGCAUCAAUCAAAUGAACCUUUUGUCAAUUAUGAAAUUUAAAUAUGUCCAUCAAUUUUAAACGGAAGAAAACAUUUUCCUUCCGUCGAAUGUUUCCACAUGGCAAAUCAAACUGCAAUUGCUGCAUAAAAAUGAAAAAGCAGAUAAAUGCAUGCUUACCAGGAAGGUAUCUUCAAAUCAUCGGGCAAUGGAUAACGACACAAUUCUAUCGGACAAAUUAGACAAAUGGAACAGUGACCUAGCCAGAGGACUGACUCCCAACAAUGUCAUCCUAUCACUUUACAUAUCCACAGGUCUCCUAGAAAACUCAACAGUGAUUCUUAUCUACGGCUUCAAAAUGAAAGGAAACAAAGAAGAACGAUAUUUUAUCCCGUUUCUUGCGACUGCAGACUUUUGGGCUUCCCUCGUUUGUGGCUCAUUCGGAAUUGCUCUUAAUAUGAUGCAGGCACAGUUCAACAACAAUAGUUUGUGUAAAGCCUGGUGGUUUUUCGCGUCCUACACAACAUUUUGUUCAAUCUUUUUACUCUUGAUCAUUGCCAUUCAUCGAUAUUUAAAGAUUUGCAGACCGCAAAGAAAACAAAUGACAUUGAAAUGGAAACGUUUUGCUAUGUGCCUGGUUUUGAUUAUAGCAUUUGCUCUCUCGGCUCCAAUGACCUAUUUCUAUGGUUCAGUCUCUUUUAAAAACGAAAAAGAAAACAUCGUUGGACUUAGAUGUAGUAGAUUGAAAACCACCCAUAAAUUAGCAUCGCAGAUAUUUGGAGGCAUCGCUGUACUCACUAUAAUUAUAGUUAUAUUUUCCUUCAUUUGUUUGUACUUGAGGAUAGGAUAUACCAUUAUCAAACACUUUAAAUACAGCAAGACACAGAAAACUUACAACAACACAGAGAAACCAAGACAGAACAACAAAAGGAAAGGUGUAAAUUCAUGUAGUAAUGGACGCCUGAGAAAUAUGGACACUGAUCUAAAAUCCUUGAGUAGCAACGAAGAAGUACUUGCAGCAAGCAGAACUGGAGAUGCAAAACAAAGCGUGUUCAUGACAUGUGCAAAGCGAAGAAAGCAGAACAGGAGAGUUGUGCACAAAAUUACUCUUGUUUUUAUGCUAAUAACUGUUAUCUUUCUAAUUUGUUAUAUUCCGAAAGUAAUAAUCAUGUUGUUAGAAGCGAGAAAUGCUAGAUUCUGGGAGGAGUUUUCGGAUUCAGGUAGAGCUGGUGUUCUUUUCCUGUACAGAUUUUUCAUAAUCAACAACAUCAUAAAUCCAGUUAUUUAUGCGUUCAUGGACAAAAAGUUCUCAAGAAAAGUAAAAUUGUUAUGCAAAAUAUGUUCGUAAUAACCCUAACCCUAAACUACCCUUAGAAGUGCAAGUGCCACUGAUGUUUAAAUAUGCAAUGAAUUACGUCAUUGUUUUUACUUAAUCAAAAUGUUUAUGACAAAUAUGUUUCACGUUUGUUAAUUUUGACAAUUAUCUUGGUUAGUUUAUUCUGAACUUAAUACAUGUAUUAUGUUGAGUUUUUUUUCUAUUUUUUAAUAAGAAAUUUAUUCCAGAGGUAAAUCUUAAUAAUCUUAAAAUUAAUUGAUAGUUUGAAAACUGAGUUCUUGUAUCUGGUUGAGGUAUCUCUCUUUAUUUUAAAGUAUAUCGAAGAGCACAAAAUUGUUCAAAACCGACACUUCGACACAUUUGAAUUUUGGGGAUGGGUGGGGGGGGGGGCACAAUCCAUCUUUUAAAGUAAUUUUUGUUUUCUUUUGUUUUCUGUGAACGCGUAAAAUAUGAAACAUUUUAAAGUAAUAUUGAUAGAUCGUUCAAACCUUAUGUUUUUGAGAUUUAAAUUAGAUUCUCCUUUGACGCAAAAAAUGAAAAGAACAACACUUUGCAGCUUCAAAUGAGUUAUCUAAAGCGACAUAACUAAUGACAAUCACUGUUUUGAGGAAGGGCGUAUACUUUGCUCUGUAUAAAGAUACUGUCUUCCUUAAAGUCUACUUCUAAGAUUGCAAUUUUAAAUGUAAUAUCAAACAGUUUUUAAAUGGCUUUUAUUGUUUUUUGUUGAAAAGAUAGAAUCAAUGCUGCAAGGAAAGUUAAUAGGAAUAUAUGACUUUUUAUGUCAUAUUUUACACCUCUAAAUUAAUAUAUGUAUUUUUUACAUACGUUCGAAUACAUUGUGCAUUUGCUGAUUACGAUAUAAAAACUACACUUAAACGUUAUUAGAUAGAGAAAUUUAUAUUUUAAGAGAUUAAAUCAUUCACGAAUCAAAUCCAUUUUAUAAUACGGAUCACUUAUGAAUGACUUAACCAAGUGCUUCUAUCAAAUCUGAAAAGCAAUUAUCAUCUGAUACUCUAUUUAAAAUUUGAAACUUAUCAUAUCAAGUAGAUUCUUGACUUCGAAAUGACAAUGCCUUUUUGUUUAAUAUUGAACAGCUGAUUCCCCCACCUCCCUCCUAGCGAGGGUCAAUAUAUUCAGGUAUCCAAUCUGUCUGAGAGCAACACAUACUUAAUGUUUUAGCGUUUAAAAGGGUACACUUAAAAAAUCGAAAUUGUUUAUGUAAACAAUUGCAUAUCAAGUUUGGUUUAUAUUUGUUUAGUACUCCCAUCGCAGUUGUUUUAGAUGCUGAUUUCAAAGUUAUACAAUAAAUGUUUAACAAAAUAGGUGCGUUGAAGAAAGAGAAAAAAUGCUGAUUUUGCUUUAUCCAAAAAUUCCACUUAAUAUAAAGUAUACGAUACUUGUGAUUUCCAUUCACUUAUUAUUCAACACAUGCCAUUGUUUUUAAUGUCCGUCGAUCUUACAUCAGAUAUAGAUAAACACAAUUUUUAAAAAAAUAUUUUCAUUAAAUUUACCUACUUUUCAGCAUACAACUUGUUUACAUAAACCAAAGAAAAAUUCGAUAAACAUGUAAGUACAAGAAAGAUCCUACAUGCACUUUAUAAAUAAUGUGGAUAAAACGUAAACAAAGAUUCUAAUAACAACACGAGUUUUGUAAAAAUAAUGAAAUGUUUUCAUAGUUAUUAAUAAUAUUAAAAUAUAUUUAAGUUUGCUACACAAUUUUAUUUUGUUAUCUUUUUUUACGAUAAAAAUUCACCUUUAAGUUAACAUUUUAAGUAAAGCAUAUGAAAGAUUAUGUUAUAAAAAACGUUUAUCAUAACAAAUAGGAAUGUUUCCCUUUUUCAUCCCCCUGUAUAAUGAACGACCGAGCAUUGAGUUGUAUUGAUUUUGCUUUCUUCUUCAAUAUAGGGUUAACUUAUCUUUAAAGAAUAACUGGAUAUUUCAAAGCAAUCUUAUUAAAUUUCUAAGAUACAAAUGAUUCUUAAAAUUAUUAAUAUUACGCUUAAUUCUUUUUUUUAUAUUUUGAAUUGUAUUUUAGAAACAAAUAUUUAUUGUAUAUUGGUUUUCGUUUUUGAUAAAUUGUUAAGAUAACAUGAUAACUGUUUAUAUAAAAUGAUAUGUAUUUCCAUUCAAUAUUGCAAAACCUCUGUGCAUUUUCCCAUGAAAUAUUUUUGUGAAUUGGGCGUUCAUUAAAAAUUACUAAAGGAUGGUUUCUUCCUGUUUAGUUAGUGCAUCAACGAUGCAUCAGUUGCAUUAAAAUUCGUACAUACAUGAAUGCAGUAUUGAUUUAUUUGCUUA